AUGAACUCCAUUUUAUGGGGAGACGUAGAGGAGGAUCUCCUACGCGAGAAAUUACGCCAAUUAAAACGACUGCAGGAGAUAAAGACCAACGACUUGGUGAGUAAUUAUUUAAUUCAUUUCAUCCUAUUGGUUAAUAAAAUCCUUGCUAAGAGUGAAGAGGCCAAACGAGGGGCAGAGCUGAAACAGGAAAGGAAAAAAAAAAAAAUAAUUGAAGAAAACAUACACAAAAUAAAGCAAACACUAACCCAAAGCAAGCAUGGGGAGAAUUUCAAACGGGAGGAACUGCUGUGCCAGCCUGAUGGCUGGAGUCCACUGGGUGGUAUAAAUGACCUGAGGGAAGAAAAACUACCAGAAGAGUUAACCACGGAAGAGGGCAACGACGCCAGUCAGGUGGACAAGAAAUGUAACUUUGCCCAACUGUGCCAGGACCUCAUGGAGGGGUUCUACAUGUGCAUAUCUCUGCUGCUGAGGGGUAUGAGGGAGGGUAGGGAUGAACCUGUUCGUGCGGACAAAGCGGAGCAGAGAGGUGUUAGCAGCAGUCGCGUUAGCGGCAGUGGCGGUUGCCCCUCUGCGGGAAACGAACGGUGGGCCUUCCAUCUCCCCCUGAUGUACCUCGCGCUCUGCUUCUACCACAUGCACCUGAUAAGUGACGAAGGGGAGAAGAACCACCUGCACGUCAGCCUCUUCCUCCUUCUAAUUUCCUUCCCGCACUUUAAGGACAAAGCAAUUGUGCACUACGUGUGCGUGGACGGCAAGGUCUACCUCAGGUUCGACGUAUCUGUCGCGAGGCUCUUGUCCCGCGUGUGUAAGAUGGUGGGGUUGAAUUGCAAACGGGAAGGGGACGCCUACUCCUGCUUGUUCUUCCUGACGCACAGUUUUUUGUUCCUCCAGUGUGCUAACCAGGGGAAAGCGGCAGGCGCGGAGAAAGGGGCAAACGCGGAAAAGGGAGAGAAAAAAAAAUACAACUCGUUCCAAGACAUGAUAAACAUUAUUCAGCACAUCAACCAAGUGUUCCUCGAGUUUAACUUCAUCACGGCGUCCACUUUCCUUGCCAUGAAAAGUAUCGAUUUGCACUCCUUCCUCCUGAGAAGUGACAUAGAGGAGGUGAGGCAGAAGUGUAGGUCGAUGCCUCUCAUCACGAGGGAAGAACCCAUAGCGGGAGGAAACCCCAACGAGACGACCCCCCCGCAUGGUGAGCUCGUCUACCUGACUGAGGAGUUAACACAAGAGGACUGCCACUUUUAUGGGGACCCCAGAUGUGUCGAUGCAGAGGAGGGAGGAGAGAAAAGGAUCGACACACAGAUUGAGAACAAGCUGAAUAAAAUAAUGGAAACUACCACGUCCCUGUUUGAAAGCAUAAACGAAUGCAUAUACCUUUUCCUAGAUGUGCACUUCCUUAGCAUUUACGAGUAUCUUGUUUUGUUUUCCCUCUGUAUGACCAAAGACGUUAGCAAAUUAUUUCAUCAUUUCAAGGGAGAAAAAAAAAAAAAAAAAAAAAAACUUUCUCAACGGUACAAGUACAUGGCGUACAGGAACUUGCUUGAGAUUUAUAUUAUAUAUUUGAAACACAAUUAUUUGCGUUAUGCGAAUAAAAGGGGGGGAGCAGGAGGAGGAGACGACGACGACACGUAUGCAAAGGCGUGUGAGGUUUAUGGACGCAUGGACAAGGUGAAGGGGACCAUUCGUUCGUUGCUUCAAGGGUGUGGUGGCAGGAACAACACACACCAUAUGGGUAGCAACCCACUGGAGGGAAAAAAAGGGAACGAAGGGAAAAAGAAAAACACAGCAAGGGGUUGUGGAGAAGGGGGAAAAUUAUGCAGUAGGGACGACUUUUACAAAAACAAAAUUUGUAUUCGUGAUAACGUCAUCGACCAGGAGGAGGAUGAUCUGGGAGUAGCUUCCUACCUGGAACGCACCAUACCAGUGAGCACCUCUGAUGUGAAGACUAUGCCAAAUGAAGAACCUACUCAUUAUUCAUGUGGAGAGAAAUUUCCAUCGAAACGUCUUCGAGACGUUUUCUCCCUCGUGGGCGAUAGCAACAUCGCUUAUGAGUUUAUACGUGAACAAAUUGUGCACAGCAAUAAUUUCAAUUUUGAAUUGGGUCAAGAGGAGGAGGAGAUGGAGGGGGACGUCGGCAGGAGGAGUCAACAUGUCCUCCCUGGGGCGAAUGAGCAAAUGUCCUGUUCGACGUUCCUUCAGGGGAAGAUAAAAAAAGUGGAUGGCUUGGUGGGGGAAAUUUUCUCCCAGGUUUUGGCCGAAGCUGAACGCGCAGGUGCUCGUCCCUUCACAUCAUCAUCAGCAGCAGUAGCAGAAGAAGAACCGGUAACAAUAACCACCGCUACCGAAGCGACUGCCCUGCCGAACGGCGACGCGACCCCCUGGGUAAACAUCCACCUGGACAAGGACCACGCUGCUGAGUUUCUUCAAAUGUUUCAAUUUGAAAAAGUUAACCUUCCCCACAUGCAAUUCGAAGUUUGCAACUUUGGUCACUCAGAGUACGCCAAGCUAGCCACAGAUAAGAUGAAAAAGGUGUAUACAGGUUUCUCCAAGGGAAGGGGUGAUCAAGAGUGUGAGCAGUGGCAUCCCCCUCCUUUGCGUACCCCCCAUGGAGGGCAGGAAGAACAGAGCACCUGCAUAGGGCACUGCGAGCAUGCACACUACCUAUGCCACAACUUUGACCAAGUACAAUUUUUAUUUAAAAAGGUAAAAAAAUAUAAAAAAAAAACGCUCACAUAUUUCUCCCUGCAUAACGAAACAACAUUACACUUGGAUAUCCUCCUGAAUUCAAGUGAAUCCUAUUUUUACUUUAACUUUUUUACCAAUUCGUAUGAACAGUACAUACAGAACUGCAGACAAAUGUUAAAUUGCAUGAGUGCCCCUUUGGCCCACAUAACACAUAAGCAGUACUUGUCCUACCAGCGAGAAAUGGCUCUGAAGUGUGCACUCAUCUUAAAGGAUAUUUUCAUUUGCACAAAAUGUAACACCCUUAUCGAUAACAUGCACAUGAAUGACCUGAACAAAAACAGGAACCUCCAAUUUGAUGAUCACAUCGGAGGACCUCUCACUAGUCAGGAAAAGGGAUUAAUCUUACAAAUCGUGAAAUAUUAUUUCUUCUUUUUGAAUACCUACCAAAUUGAGGAAGAGUUGACCAACCCAGAUUCUUCCUUCCAAAACGAAGAGGAAAAAAAAGCCUACUUUGACAUAUACUUUUAUGUGUGCAAAACGCUGUCCGCAGUGGACGACAAAACCUUCAUCGUGCAGGCCCUCCAACAUUACCAGCGUUUGCUCAACUACGCCGCCAAAAAUAAAAUGUAUCAUGAUGAGGGGUACAAUGAUUAUAUGCGCGACGUGUGUAGGAAGUCCAUUUGUGUGUUGCGCGGGAAGAUGCACGAUUUGGGGUAG